GAUCAGCUGACUGUGAGCGAGAUGCUGCGUUGAAGGAGCGUUGAGUCGAAAAACCUGCUGUUAUCCGAGCAAUGUAUGGAAAGCUGCGACCUUUAAACUGAACUACACCGUGCGGACCAAACACUGCAGCCGCUGAAAGCACGUCGUGACUUCCUCACAUCAAAGGCCCGGUGCACGAACCUCUUACCAGCAGCCAUGACAGAAUUCUGGUUGAUCUCCGCUCCGGGGGAGAAGACGUGCCAGCAGACCUGGGACAAGCUGAUGGUGGCCACCGCACGCACCAACAACCUCUCCGUUAACAACAAGUUCAACAUCCCUGAUCUCAAGGUCGGAACACUAGAUGUCUUAGUGGGUCUGUCUGAUGAACUCGCUAAACUGGACACUUUUGUGGAAAGCGUGGUGAAGAAAGUCGCUCAGUACAUGGCCGAUGUUCUGGAGGACAGCAGAGACAAAGUCCAGGAGAACCUGCUUGCUAAUGGAGUGGAUCUGGUCACCUAUAUCACCAGAUUUCAGUGGGACAUGGCUAAGUAUCCAAUCAAACAGUCGCUGAAAAACAUCUCUGAGAUCGUCUCCAAGCAAGCAACUCAGAUAGACAAUGACCUGAAGGCCAGAGCGUCAGCCUACAACAACCUGAAGGGAAACCUGCAGAACCUGGAGAGGAAGAAUGCGGGGAGCUUGUUGACCAGGAGUUUGGCUGACAUAGUGAAGAAAGAGGACUUUGUACUGGACUCAGAGUACCUGAUUACCAUGCUGGUGGUUGUCCCAAAGACGAGCUAUACAGACUGGCAGAAGACGUAUGAAACCCUGUCAGAAAUGGUGGUUCCACGCUCCACUAAACUGAUGUUUGAAGACCACGACAGCGGCCUGUUCAGUGUCACUCUCUUCAGGAAGGCUAUAGAUGACUUCAAGCACAAGGCCAGAGAAAACAAGUUUACAGUGCGUGAUUUCCAGUACAAUGAGGAGGAGAUGAAGGCAGACAAAGAAGAGAUGACACGUCUGUCCACUGACAAGAAGAAACAGUUUGGGCCUUUGGUACGAUGGCUGAAAGUGAAUUUCAGUGAAGCCUUCAUUGCGUGGAUUCACAUAAAAGCCCUGCGUGUGUUUGUGGAGUCAGUAUUGAGAUACGGGCUGCCUGUGAACUUCCAGGCCAUGCUGCUCCAGCCCAACAAGAAGAACAUGAAGAAGCUGAGGGAGGUGCUGUACGACCUGUACAAGCACCUGGACAGCAGUGCUGCCAUCAUUGAUGCCUCUAUGGACAUACCAGGGCUGAACCUGAGCCAGCAGGAGUAUUACCCGUAUGUUUACUACAAGAUUGACUGCAACCUGCUGGAAUUCAAAGUCUAGAUAAAUUGCCAUCAUCAUCAUCAUCAUCAUCUCUCUGCAGUAGUGUUACGCUUUAAUUUAUUUCCACUCCCACCUUGUUUCUUCUGUUUUUUCUCCUUUGCAUUCUCAUCCACAUUCCUGGGUCCAUACUGAAUAAGUCGUUGAACUUCUGUUCUUAUAUCCUUCAUAAAUAUGGGCCCCUCCUCUUUGUCGUCACUUCCUCUUUGCUGUAAAAGUGAAUCGCUUCCCAGUUGGUUCCCACCGACACGGUUAACAUUCCCUCAUGCCAUCAAAGGACUUGUAAAAAUGCUGCAUUUUUAUUGUUGUUGGGGGUUUUUUUUUUUUGUCACCCUACUUUAUUUAAAGCAACAAAAAUGGUAUACAUGUGGGUAAAAUGGGGAGAAAAAUAAAUGUAUGUUAAAUAUAGUAUUUAUUUAAAGCCUCUAAAAAUCAGUGACUAUGUUUUGUUCAGUUUUUGAAGGUGAUGUGUUUUUAGCUCCAUGUAAGAAAUGUCUGUUUACAAGUAGAUGUUGACCAUUGUUUCCCCAACUAAAGCUAUAAUCCUGUGAAAUACUGAGACAAGGUCAUUUUACAGUAUAUAGAAGCAAUAUGUUUGCUGAUUGUAUGCUCCUAUAAUUUCUGUAUAUUAAGCAGUUUGAGAACAAUAAUGAUAGGUCUCUGUGCAAAUACUCUAUUGUCAGUUUGAAAACCGAACCACAUAUUUAAGAUAAAUGUGAAAAAUAAAUACUCUAUGUGAAAUA